CCUCUCUUAGGUUCCUGGAAACAACCUCUUGAGACAAAAAUAAAUAAAUAAAAAUGUAAAAAAUUGAAGUUUGAUUCAGGAGCAGAGAGCAAACCUCUCCAGGGAAAGGCAGACCAGACAGGGUCUCUGAGAGACUGGGAGGGUACAGCCCUCUCCCGGCUCCGCCCUCCAGCUCCCGUGACCAAUUAGAGUCGACAUAGCCAGAGAACGACCUAUAGGAGAGUCCGGAGGAGGAGCGCUUCUCUUUAAGAAAGUGGCCAAGCCCUAGGGACUGGGACCGGAGUCACAGGAUACCUUACUGUAUCACUAUGUCCCUGCAGGCUGAUUUUGACCAGGCCACACAAGACGUGAGGAAGCUGAAAAGCAGACCCCAAGAUGAAGAACUCAAAGAACUCUAUGGGCUCUACAAACAGUCCAUCAUCGGAGACAUCAACAUUGGUGCAUGUCCAGCAAUGUUAGAUUUGAAGGGCAAGGCCAAGUGGGAAGCAUGGAGCCUCCAAAAAGGAUUGUCGAAGGAAGAUGCCAUGAGUGCCUAUAUUUCUAAAGCAAGAGAGCUGAUUGAGAAAUAUGGAAUCUAGAUUUGACAGAGGAGACAGAUCUCCUGUGGAAGCCUUCAUAACAGCAUCAUAAUGUUUAGGGGGAAAUGCAUUGGUAGCUCUAUAAAUCAUGUAUAUUUUUCCUAUGAGUUAUAAUACUUAGGACUAUGUUAACAUAGUUACCUAAUUUUACUUGCUUGUGCAAGGUGGCUAUUAAAGGUUCCUUCUCAAAAAAUAACUUUGUAGUAUGCAUAUAAACUUUAACACGUUUCUUUUUGCAUUUAUGUGUGUGCAUGAGUGUUUAUACAUGUGUGUUACACAUGUGUAUCAUGCAUGUAGAAGCUAGAGGUUAACUUUGGGUGUUUUUCUAAGGUAUGCUAUUUACUUCCUGUGAGGCGGGUAUCUCCUUGGCUUGGAGCUCAACAAGUACGAUAAACUGACUAGCCUCAGAUAUCCUCUUAUCUCUGCCUCCCCAGCACUGGGAUUACAGAUGUAUCCCACCAUGCUUGGCAGUCUGGGGCUUGAACUCAGGUGUUAUGCUUAUGAGGCAAGCUCUUUCCUGACUGAGUCAUCUCCCCAGCCCCAGUAUUGGUUUGCUUGACUUAAUCUGUUCUUCUGUAAUGAGUUAGUGCUACCGGGCAAUAAGAAAAGUUUGUUCAGAAUUAAUAGCAGCCAGACUAUUCCCACUGCUUCAAGAAGUGGAGCCAGGAGGGUCAUGAGUUCAAGGGCAGCCUGGGCUACCUAGUGAGACCCUGUCUCAAAAAAAGAAAAGCCUAAAACUGAAAGAAAGUGUGAGAAGGUGGCGCAAACAGAACAGUUCCUUUACUGUACCAUGUAGCUUUGGGCCCCUAAGAAUGUGGGCACUGUGGAGGGAUGGGUAGAUUUGCCUCCUGACUUCCUAUGCCACACGAACAAGUUACCUAACCAGGCUGUGGUUUGACCACCCAUGGAAGGGCUCCAAGUUCCAACCAGUCACUGUCAGGGUAACAGGACUCCAAGAUAUCUGGGGUUGUAGGCACCCUGAGGUCUUCCUAUCACAAUGGACCGUCAUUGUUUAGUGUUGUAUUUUUUAUAAAACUGCAAUUACUCUUUCUUAUGAAAUAGGUCUAAUGUGUAUUUUGGAUUAAACUUUGAGCCACGGUGUGGUGUUGGAGAAACGAUGGUUUCCCUCUGUCAGUCACUCUUGGCCAUUAAAAUAGUGUAAGAGGCUGCAGGCAUAACCUCACCUGGAGGCACAUUGCUAAUGAAACUUUGUAUGAAUGUCAAUCAAAUUGGAGUCUAAUAAAAAGAUAGAGGACUUUA